GAUGCUGUGUUAACGCCGCGGAAUUUUUAGUACUAAAAUGUAGAGGCAUCCAAACACUUUGCCAGUUCAUAGUCGGAGUCUGUGCGGUCCUGUGAACGCAGCGCGCGUUGAUGAAACUGAAAUGAGAUGAGAUGAAGUAAAAUAUAAUAAAAAUGUGUUGAGCAUGUGGACUGGGUGAAACGGAGUCGUAAGCGAAGAAGAAAAACGCAGAAAAAAGAAAAAAAUUAAAAGUGGAAUUUAAAUCGUUUAAUAUGUGUGAAAUUGCAUUGAAAAGCGAGCGAAAAGCAAUGUGAAAAGCGAAAACUGAAAAUCGCAUUAAUAAAAAGCCACGCAAAAAAAAAGAAGGAAGAAAAUCGAAAGAAAGAAAAAGUACCGCUUCAAUUGCUGCUUUCGACAGUUAUGAAAAUCUCUGGAGAAACUUGAAAUGCGAUUACGGGCGAAAAAUUUGCAUUUGUAUGUUGUGCGGAAAAUUUCGGGUAAAGCAUAAUUUAUCAUUGCAUACUUUGCAGCUGGCCGCGGCCGAGCAGCUGUUUUUCGGAGAGGGGUAAAAUCGCAAUCAGAAUCGCAAUCGAUGCCAAAUGAUUGCCACGUGCUAAUGGCAUGCAUGUCCCCGCAUGUCCAAGCAUGUCCGAGCAUGUCGCAUUGCAAGCUUAUCACUCGCUUAAUUAUGCAAACAAAGCAGCAGCAUCAGCCGCAGAAACAACACUAACAGCAACAAGACGUUGAACUAGCGUUGCCAAUUAUUCUCAAAAAACGAGAAAGGCAGCCAGACAACAAAGAGACAAAGCCACAAUAGCAAAUGGCAAUUGGCAAUCCAAUCUCCAAAAAUAAACGAAACGAAAAACUAACCAACAAAAAAAUAAAUAAAAUAAAAGAAAAGCGAAAAUAGAAAUAUAAACGCUGUAAAGUGCACGAAAAAGAAGCUGAAAGUUAUUUCGUUUGGAGGGGGGGAGACAACAAACGUGUGUGCGCAAAAUUUGUCAUCAAGCGACACAGCAUCAGCAGCAGCAACAACAGCAACAACAGCAACAACUACAACAACAAGAACAGCAGCAGCAGCAGCCCCCGCGCGCGCGUAGAACAAAAGAAAACGUAGCAACGUUCCAAGGCAGCAUCCCAAAAACAUACCAACACACAGACAGCACACACACACAUACACUUACACUGAGAGACACUCACACAGACGCAGUCACGCGCACAUUUCGAGGCGCAUAAGCUUCGCACUUGACUUGAACAUUAAACGUGUACGGCAUGCUCCCCUCACUCCUCCUCACCAUCACCCCCAACGAAUGUGAAAGCAAGGCAUGGUAAUCGAGGCGUACUUUAUACUGCUGCUGUUUGCGCUGCUGCCGAAGCGGCCGCCGCAGAUUAUCGCGGUCUGCAUUGUGCGCCUGUGAAGAGCUCCCAAAAAAAAAAAAAAAACGAAAAAACGAAAAUAUUUGACAGCUGUCAGCGCGUUCGUUCUCUGCUUCUUCUCCUUCUGCUUCACCUUCUUCUUCGCAGUCGCAGUCGCCGUCGCCAUGUUGUUGUUGUGACGGUUCGGUUCGGUCGUUGCUCGCGCCUCCUGCUGCAUAUGUGUGUUGUAUGUGUGAUGCAUGUGUGUGAGUGCGGCAUAGUUUUUGUUCCACUUGAGAGCAAGGUCAGCCGUCAUGCAAAUUGAAAAGCGCCUAAGCAAAAGCAAAACAGAAGCUGCGAGCAGCAGCAACAACUGCAAAAGUAAAAGCAUCAUCAGCAGCAGUAGCAGCAGCAAUAGCAUAAAAAACUGACGUCGUCGAUUCGCCGUCGCCGUCGUCGCCGCACGCAGCGAAAAUGUUUGAGAAAUAUGUCGCCACAUAUGUGCGCGUGUGUGAGCAAGUGAAAUUAAAAUUCCCGCAUGCCUAAUGAAUUCUCUGCGAAAUGUGCCCAGCAACAACAACUACAACAACAACGACAACAAUAAGAACAACAUUUGUGGCCCCCUUGUCAUGUGUGUUGUGUUAUGUGUAACGCUGACUUCCAAAUGAUGGACGCCGCAUACUAAACAAUGGCGUGCUAACCAGUGUAUAGCAACAACAACAACAACAACAGCAGCAACAACAAUAAGUACAACAACAGCAACAAGCUGAAAAGAAAGUGAAACCUGCAACGAGCUGGCAAAGCGAGGCAGAAACACACAAAAAAUAGAAAUAGAUUCGAAACGUCGCGUAAGCAAAACAAAAGAUAACGAAAACGCAAACGCAAACGAGACACAAAGGAGCACAUCCAGUGUUGGUUAAGUAAUAACUGUGAGACAAUUGGAAUUGAAACGAAUACCGUUAGAGCGCCAGCAGGCAGUCAAGCAUUCAGCCAUCUCAAAAGCGCCUCAAGGACAUAAUAUACGACACAACAACAACAACAACAACAACAACAACAGCAGCAGCAAGUCAGCCAGUCAGCAAGCAAGUAAGGUACAACAAGCAACAAGCAGGUUGUGAGUGCAAAAAAGAAGGAGAAGGAGGAGGCGCAAGCAUCCGGUGCUGUGGGCAUGUCCACAGCCAAAAGACUGGUGCUCUCGUUACGUGGACGCAAGAACUCGCAGGGCAACUCGGCCACAUCGUCAACGCGUCUGGUAUCCGCCGGCACAUCGCCAGGACAUGAGCUGGAUGAAAUAGCCGUUGUCUCCGGCACCGGCUCGACCAGCCAUCAUUUCUCCUAUGGCGGCUGCAUUGGCAACAACAACGACGCCGCGGCUGUGGCCCUCUAUUCAACAGCUGAACGUAGCAAGGCCACGCCCACUGGCAAAUUGUGCCGUGUUGCCGCCAUCGACGGCGACGCUGACGUUGACUUCGAUGCUUCGAGUGACUCUGACGUCAAUGAUGACGAUGAUGAUGAUGAUGAUGCGGACUCUGAUGACGAUGAUGAUGACGACGAUGAACGAUGGCGGCCAAGAGCAUUGAAUGACGACAGAGAAACCACAACAACGCCAAUAGCAAUACAUCAAAACAACAAUAAGUUAAAAUCGACAGAAACAGCAACAGCAACCAAAGCAACAAAAACAACGAGUACACAAAAAUUAGCGCCUCGCGCGAGUUUUCCGGAAAUAAUGCAGCCUCGUCUAUCGCUAAACGGCAUGUUGAAUCCGCCGUAUCCAUCGUUGAUGCCAUCGCCGCGUCCGCUAUAUCGCGACCAUAGCUCCAGGUCGAUCAAUCCGCUGACCGCAUACGAGCAGCAAAUGGCCGAGCUCGAUGGCAGCUUCUAUGGCAGCAAUGCCGCAUAUUUGGGCGCUGGCAUGGGCGGCAGUGCUGGCGGCGCCACAACUUGCACCAAUUUGACUGUGGGUGGUGCAACUGGGCAGUCAACGGUCAAUUGUGAUGCAGCAACUGCAAUUGGUGGAGGAGGUGGAGGUGGAGUUGGAGUUGGAGUUGGUGCUGGUGUCAACAACAACACUGCUAACAGCUCUGGUGGUGGUGCCUUUCACACAACCGAACUGUCAAUCACACCAACAAUGCCCGCUGAUGAGCAGUUUAUCGAUUUGGGUAGCCUGCGUCGCUUCUCAAUCGAUCGACAAAGCUUUCUCGAUCUAGGACCCAAGUUUGGCAUGUCCCAGCCGAAAUUCGGCCAGAGCGUCUCGCAACAAGGUUUCUUCACGUCGCAUGACAGCCUGGCCACACCAUGCGCCUCACGAGCAUCCAACUCGCAUAUGGCCACCGUAAGCACUGCCUCCGAAAUGGAUUUACUGCACAACAAGCAACGGCACAACAACAAAUCACGCGGCCGUCUGAAAACCACAAGCGGCGAUCAGCCGCUCCUGGGCACCUGGAAUCGUUCCACUGGCCGCGGCUCGCAGGAUAACACGUUGUCCGGCGGUGGCGGUGCCACCAGCGUACUUAUGGGCCACAACCAGUACGGCGGCAACUACUGCAACGGCACCGAUCGCUACCCGCGCUCGCGUUCGCAGCAGCAAUCGCACCACAAUGCCGGUCAGCAGCCGCACCACCCAUACCAGCUGCAGCACUCUGCCUCCACGGUGUCGCACCACCCGCACGCUCACGGUCCGCCCUCGCAGGGCGGUCCAGGGCCACCUCAUGGCGGCCAUUCACACCAGACACCGCAUGGCGGCGGCGGCGGCAGCGGUGGAGCUGGUGGCGGACAUGCGGCCCAGCCGCAUCACCAGAAACCGCAUCGCACUGCCUCGCAACGGAUACGCGCCGCGACAGCUGCCCGCAAACUGCACUUUGUGUUUGAUCCGGCGGGGCGGCUCUGCUACUAUUGGUCGAUGGUGGUGUCGAUGGCCUUUUUGUACAACUUCUGGGUGAUAAUUUACCGCUUCGCCUUCCAGGAGAUCAAUCGACGCACGAUUGCGGUCUGGUUCUGUCUGGACUAUCUGUCCGAUUUCCUCUAUCUGAUUGACAUAUUCUUUCACUUUCGCACCGGUUACCUGGAGGAUGGUGUCCUGCAGACGGACGCACUGAAGCUGCGCACUCACUACAUGAACUCAACAAUCUUCUACAUCGACUGCCUGUGCCUGCUGCCGCUGGACUUUCUCUACUUGUCCAUUGGCUUCAAUUCGAUAUUGCGCAGCUUUCGGCUGGUGAAAAUCUACAGAUUCUGGGCCUUCAUGGAUCGCACCGAACGGCAUACGAAUUACCCAAAUCUGUUUCGUUCGACUGCCCUGAUACACUAUCUGCUUGUGAUAUUCCAUUGGAACGGUUGCCUCUAUCACAUCAUACACAAGAACAAUGGAUUCGGUUCACGCAAUUGGGUCUAUCACGACUCGGAGUCCGCGGAUGUCGUCAAACAAUAUCUGCAGAGCUAUUACUGGUGCACGCUGGCGCUGACGACAAUUGGGGAUCUGCCGAAGCCGCGAUCAAAGGGCGAGUAUGUGUUUGUGAUAUUGCAAUUGCUAUUCGGCCUGAUGCUGUUUGCCACCGUGUUGGGGCAUGUGGCAAACAUUGUGACGUCUGUGAGUGCGGCGCGCAAGGAGUUUCAAGCCAAGCUGGAUGGAGUUAAGACGUACAUGCGCAUGCGGCGUGUGCCGAAUCAUCUGCAGGUGAAGGUCAUCAAAUGGUUCGAUUACCUGUGGCUCACGCAAAAAUGCUCGGACGAGGAGCGCGCCGUAUCCUGUCUUCCUGAUAAAUUAAAGGCUGAAAUAGCAAUUAACGUCCAUUUAGAUACACUUAAGCGGGUUGAGAUUUUUCAAAACACUGAAGCUGGUUUCCUUUGCGAAUUGGUGCUACGCCUGCGGCCCGUGCUCUUCUCACCGGGCGACUACAUUUGCCGGAAAGGCGAGGUGGGCAAGGAGAUGUACAUUGUGAAUCGUGGACGAUUGCAGGUUGUUGCUGACAAUGGCAAGACGGUGAUGGCCUCGUUAAAGGCAGGUUCCUAUUUCGGCGAGAUUAGUAUACUGAAUAUGGGCACCGCAGGUAAAGAGCUUGGCAACAGACGCACAGCCAGCGUUCGCUCCGUGGGCUACAGCGAUCUGUUCGUGCUGAGCAAAAAGGACAUGUGGGACGUACUAAAGGAGUAUCCGGCGGCGAGAGUGCGCUUGGAGUCGAUUGCUGUCAAGCGACUGGAGAAGUACAAGAAGGCGCCACUGGAGAAAGUCAAAUACUUUAAUGUAGUUGCCAUGGGCCGCUGCCAAUCAACGCCGGGUCUGGUUGAGAGCUGUGGCCGCACCACACUGGAGGACAUGUGGCUGCCGCCGGCCUCCGCGUUGCAUCAUGCACAGCAACAGCAUCAACAACAGCAACAACAGCAGCAGCAUCAGCAGCUACAACAGCUGCAGCAACAGCAGCAGCCACUGCAGCCACAACAAUUGCAACAGCAGCAGCAGCAGCAACAACAACAGCAAUCCCAUGGCUACAGUCCCCGCAGCUAUGCGGAUCAUCUGGUGCGCUCCACCGACUCGCCCCGCUCGGCCAGUCCCAGUGCCCAUGGCUCCGAGGAGAGGCCACGCAGUCGGGCCACCUCACAUCACUCGAUGCGACCGCAAUCGCAGCCCAGUCACACAGGUCACAUUUGCGACUCGAGCUCGCAGCUGGAAUGCUACGGUGCGGGUGUGAGUGGCGUCGGCGGUGGCACAACACCGUUGCUGGGAUCACACGAGGCGUUAGAGGAUGAGAUAAAGCGGCUAAGAGAGCGCCUUCACACGGUGGAGUCGGAGAAUCAGGCGCUCAAUACAAAGCUAUCGCAGCAGCAAUGGGAUCUAGAGAAUCGACUGGCCGAGAUCGAGAUGCAGAUCUGCGGUGUGUCGUCCACGUCCAGCGUGGAUCCGGACAAUGAGGCCGAGGAGCUGGAGCGCAAUCGCGAGAGUAUCAUAUAACACGGGAGCGUGCUGCCCCAUCAGCGACAGCCGAUCGGUAUGCUGUACAUAUCAUGUUCCUCAUGACUCCAUGACUCCAUCGCUCGCUCAUUCGACAAACCGAACCAAAGAAACCGAAUCAAAGAAUGCUCAGAAGGGAGAAAAUUGCGGAAUCUCGCCUCAUAUUAACAUUUUGCAUCUCUCUCUCUCUCUCUUUGUGUCUGACUGUUAUCGCUCUCUCUCUCUCUCUCUCUGUGUGUUCUCACUCGCUGUGUAUGUGUCUCACGUACCCUGAACGAAGAAUGCUAUUUUGUAUUUGUAUCUUUCUCUCUUUCUGUGUGUGUGUGUGUUUGUGUGUUUGCGUGUGGUUGAAACAUUUGCCAAAUUUGCCUUACUAACUGAAUGACCCUAAAUAACACCGCGAACAGGAGCAGCAGCUGCUAGCCCAACGCAGGAGGAACAGCAACAGCAACAACAACACCAACAGCAACAGCAACCUGGUCAAAUAUUGCGACGCAUUCAACGCGCCAGCAACAAUGCAACACAGACAACACAUGAGCAGCAACUGCAACACCAACAACAGGCAGCAACAAGUGCCAAAUAUUGCUCGCUGUAAGGAGAGACAAUGAGAGAUGGCGAGAAAAAGAUAUAUAAGCAUAACAUUUAACGAAUGUAAAGAGAAUCGAUUGAGAUCGCUUGUGUUAUGAGAUCAUUCACCACUAAAUGGCACUGCCAGAAUUGUUGUUUAGCCACUGCACCAGAUUGAAUGGUCUGCGCAUUAGGUAAAUGCAAUAUGUACUAUAAAAGGAUUAGUUAUAAUGCAUCCCAUUUGCUAGAUUAGUUCACAACUCUUUCGAUUCCAAAUAACCCAAAAAAUGAAUAAAACUAAGUUAGGACUUUUUAACAAAACUAAAUAAUUAUAUUAAUUAAUGACUAUUAUAGACAUUAGAAACUAUCGGAAAAAGCUUUAACGAACAUUCCGAAGAACCCAACUUAAAAAGGAGAAAUCAAAAGAAAAGUUAAAUGAAAUCAACUCAUGAUGAACAACAACCCUCUAUACUAUAUACCUAUACAUAUAACUUCAACUUUUUCCAUGUAUACAUAGGCGUAUUUAUAUAUAUAUAAAUAGCAUCAUUAGCAUUAGUUUCUUCGCUACUUUUAAUAAUAAUGAAAACCAAAAUUUAAAUUAACUAAAAUUCUACAUUAAAUAAUACAAAUAAUUAUGAGAGCAUUGUAAAUAUUUUCAGUCUAAGGAUUCAAUUA